GGACUGGGUUGCUCGCUCCGGCCUGGGUGUGAUUCUGGAUUUGGCCAAUGACCGUGAAGAUGUCCAGCUGGCGAGGCCGGUCUCCGGGAUCCUGCAGCACAUGUUCAAACACACCGAGGGUACCUCCCACCUGCUGAUCACCAACGGGGGCCUGGACUACAUCCUGUACUGGUGCCGCAGUCAGGAUCCCAGUAUCCUACAGCACUGCGCCAUCGCCCUCGCCAACUGUGCCAUGUAUGGCGGGCCAACCAAUCAGAGGCUGAUGAUUGAGAAGAAGGCUGCUGAUUGGCUGUUCCCAUUGGCCUUCUCUCAGGAUGAGCUAGUGCAGUUUCAUGCCUGCCUGGCCAUCACUGUUCUGGCAACCAACAAGGAGCUGGAGAAAGAAGUGGAGAGCUCAGGGACCCUAGACCUGGUGGAGCCCUUCAUCGCCUCCCUUCACCCCGAGGAGUUUGCCCACGACUGGCUGCAGAGCAGGGACAACGCCCAAGGUCGCAACGCCAGUGACCUCCAGCGAUUGGUGCAACUCCUGGAUAGCUCCAGGGUGGAGGCCCAGUGUGUGGCCACUUUCUAUCUGUGUGUGGAAGCUGACAUUAAACAGCAGCAGAAACAGNCUCAGACAUUCCAUGAAAUUGGAGCCAUACCAAGUCUGAAGAGAUUGGUCAGUUACUCCAGCAAUACCACUGUCUCCAGUCUGGCCAAGAAAGCACUGGAGCUGAUGGGGGAGGAGGUCUCCUGGACAUUGUCCCUUAAUGUCCCAAACUGGAAAGCUGCUGCUGUUCACACCUGGCUGCAGCAGAUUGGAUUCAGCGUUCACGGAGAGAGAUUCCUGGAUCUACAGUUUGAGUUUCUUCGGGAAUUGAGGGAAUUGAAGACUUAUGCUAAUUACUCGAGCUGUGACCCGAGUAACCUCGCGGAUUGGUUGGGGAGUAUUGACCUUGGCUAUCGGCAGUAUACCUAUAAUCUGGUGCAUUGUGGGAUUGAGAGGGCCACUUUACUCGGAGUGACAGACAGACAACUCGAGAUGGAUUGUCGCAUUGAGACAGGAUUCCAUCGAUCCAGGAUUCUUGCUGCAGCACAGGAGUUGCUGCCUCCCUGUGUGAGUGAGGUCUCUCAGCAGCCCCCUUCUGAAGACCCCGAUGUCUUUAUCAGUUACCGACGGACGACAGGUUCUCAGCUGGCCAG